AUGCCUUCGAGCGAACGUCGGCGCCGUGAGGGCCACCAAGACUCUCACUCUCACAUCCACGAUGGCGUGUUACACGAUGAGACUUCGCCUUUGCUUCCGAGGAUAUCAGAAGUCAGCGAAAAUGGAACCGCAAAGUCGUUGACCGACGUCCACAGCCUCUUGGCUGAGGCCAAAUUGUUAUGCCAAUACUCUCUUCCUUUGAUCGCGACGUAUCUUCUUCAGUAUUCUUUUACUGUCAUUACAACCAUUGUCGCUGGUCGGUUGGGUGCUGAGGAAUUGGCAGCUUCAAGUCUGGGCUUGACAACGAUCAACAUCAUUGGGUUCACCAUCUUUGAGGGCAUGGCCACGGCUCUCGACACAUUGUGUGCACAGGCCUACGGGUCUGGCCGCUAUACUGGCGUCGGAAUGCACAUCCAACGUAUGAUCGUGUUCAUGUCAAUCGUCAUGAUUCCUGUCGGCGCAAUCUGGCUAUGCUCGCACUGGAUUCUGCCAUUGCUCGUCCCUCAACGAAGCCUCGCCUUGAAGGCUGCCUCUUUCUUGCGUGUCAGUCUCGUCGGACUUCCCGGUUAUGCAUUCUUUGAAGCUGGUAAGAGGUUUCUUCAGGCGCAGGGUGAAUUUGCUCCCGGAAUGGUCAUUCUCAUCAUUUGUGCCCCCGUCAAUGCUUUUCUGAGUUGGUAUUUUGCCGUCAAGCUCGACAUGGGCCUUGAUGGUGCUGCUUUCGGUCAGGCUCUUGCUAAUAACCUUCGACCUGCGCUUCUUCUGUUGUAUGUCAUCUUCAUUGGCAAGAAGUCUCACCGAUGCUGGGGUGGCUGGGAUAGUCGCGCUGCUUUUGCGUUCCGCGAAUGGGGCCCUAUGGUCCGUCUCUCUGUUGCAAGCACCGCCGUGAAUCUUGCCGAGUGGCUCGCCUUUGAGAUCCUCAUGGUCAGCACCUCUUAUCUCGGUACCCGCCACUUGGCUGCGCAAACAGUACUCAACACUCUCUCCAUUGUUACAUGGCACAUACCGUUCUCGAUCAGCGUCGCAGUCACCACUCGCUUCGGUCACCUGGUCGGUGCUGGCGCACUCAAGGAAGCACGACGUGCUGCAAUUCUAUACACUGGCGUCUUCACCGUAGUUGGUAUUCUCGACGGCGCAUUCUUGUAUGUGCUGCGAAACCCACUUGCAGAUAUGUUCUCCGACGACAAUACUGUCAGAGACUUGGCUACGGGAUCCAUGGCUGCUGUAGCCUGUUUCCAGGUCAUCGACUCAAUCAUCUGCGGCACGAACGGCGUGUUGAGAGGUCUGGCAAAGCAAUCCGUCGCUGCGUGGGUUGUGCUAGGAGUCAACUACCUUGCUGCCGUACCAUUUGCCAUAUGGCUCGAGCUGGGAAGCCCAGACCUCAAGCUCGACGGUCUUUGGAUCGGUCUCGGAAGUGGUAUGGUCAUUAUUGCGAUUAUUGAAUGUGUAUACAUGAAGUGGAUCAGCUGGCAAGAUUGUGUAAACGAUGUGAAGGAGAGGGAGGAUGACGGAACAUAG